GUUAUCCGGAGUUUGGACUACUUUAAAUUGAUAAAAUCUAUGCCUACAAACCCCAUCUAAUAACAAACUUUAUGAAAUACACAACAUUUUGUUGUAUAGUUGAGCUAUAUUUUAGCAUAUUUUCUGCAAAAACUGAUAUUUUUUCUUGCGAAAAGAUUGGUAGCCCUGAUCACGUUCAAAAUUUCCGUGCCGACUUACAACACUUGGAGUAAAUGGUUUUUGGCGGCGAUUGUGUUUUUAUAUUUUUUAUUUAAUCUCGUUUCCAUAAUGUCGAUUACCUUGGAUUUUAAUGGAAAAAACUUGGCUAAAGGCAAGUCCCUGCAUCUGCACUAUUUGCCAGCUAAGAUAAGUGGAGAUGGGGAAGCAAAUGUGGAGACCUACUUCAACAAUUAUACACGUGAAGCACCCGAUUACGGAUCAGGAAUGCUGAACAAUGCCUUGCGCGGCUAUCCUCUGGUGGGCGAGCGGAUGAAAGUACCGGAAGGUUACAAGGGCCUAGUCCUGCAGGAGACGGAGAAGCCUUUGAGCGAGUCAGCUGACCGUCAAUUGCGCCUCACCGGUGUUUUUGACGAGUUCACCUACUGGAACUACGAUAAAGUCCCCUCAAACGGCGAUCCCUUCAGACAAGCCAUGCUUAUGGCAGACGUGGCCAAGGCGCUGUCCGAACCCAUAAGCGAGCAAGAUUUGGAGGCAGAAAUUAGACGAAACCUGGAAAGCAAAAAGGAAAACGAUUCCUAGCUCUUUAGCGCGCUUACAGCGUUUAUUAUAUAAUAUUCCAAAAGCUAAUCAAAUAUAAUCUUAACAUUUCAUACUUUUUAGUCUUAAAUUUAUAUAAGAUUUCAAAUAUAAAUACGUUUAGUA